CCCACUGCUAUCACCUAUAUACUUGUUACAGCGCCGACCGCCAUCGUGCCAGUGUGAUUGGUACCUCGGUACAAGGCGUUAUUCCGUGAAACAAAAUAAGUGUUUUAAUUAUAUUUUAGCUGACUAAUUAACAUUAAUUAGUAAUUAAAUGUCAAGUCCAGAAGAUUGCAAACUUAAGGGUGGACAUCCUCCUGCAGUAAAAGCAGGCGGAAUGAGAAUCACCCAACACAAAACACCGAAAGAAGAUCGGGAAAUAAAACCACUUAAAGAUGUGGAUGAAAGUAAACCAUCGAGUAGUCCACCUAAAACUCUGAUGAUCAGUGGAGUUCCUGCAAAAGGAAAUGCAGAUUUUCCUCCAGAAGCAGUACAAGUCUUCCAUGAAAAACCUGUACCAACUCAUGAUGCACGUCCAGCUCACUGUACACGUCCCAUCAUCAUUCACCAGCCAAGGAAGUGAAUGAUGCGUUUAUUGUUUAUCAAAUCAUAUAUAGGCUAUUGAAAAAAAUAUUAGCCUAUAUACUUAUCCACUGAAUAAAAAAAAAAGGAAAAAAAAAAAGAAUGAAUGAAUGAUAAUAAAUAUCUAUAUGUAUGUGUACUUAAAAGUUUCUUGGGAUAUAGACUUUAUGUAUUUGCAAAAUUUCUAAACGUAUUGUUCUUCAUCCAAGAAGCUUUGAUUUCAUACAAUAUGAAACAAAGUACCUCACGAGAGUUUAUUACUGUUAAUUAAAAAAAAAAAAAAAAAAAAAAAUUUAAAAUCUUUAACGCAGCGCCGGCGAGAUUCCUGUAUCGGCAUUU